GCUAUUUUUAUCGGACAAAAGCCGACAAAUUCCGGACAGGCACUAGGCACGAAGCUCCCAUGGCAUCCUCUUAUGCAGCGGCGCCGGCGGCGGAUAAGCCGUGGACUCCUCCCUAUUGCUCGGUCGUGGCCGUCGACACUUGCUCCUUCUUCUACCGAGUUUGCUCCGUCUGCGAGCGAACCCUCCUCGAUUCCGACACCGAGUGCCGCUUCUGCAGCCGCCGGACUCCUAACCCCGGUUCCAAGCGCCUGUAUCGUAUCCUCGUCUCCGUCGGCACUGUCGACAGGGUUUUAGUGGUCGUGUUCUUCGACCGGGCCGCUAGGGUGCUCAUGGGCUGCUCCGCCGACGAGUGGGCUGCCUUCUUGGGGGCGCAACCUUCAGCGAGGGAGCUGGCCGGUGAGCUUCUACGAGGGGAGAUGCUGCGGAUGACGCUGAACCCGUCGAGGAGGGGCAAUGCGGAGCACCUGCGAGUGGCGUCGGUCGCGCCUCUCCGCGCGGGAUUUCGCCCUGUGGUCGACAGGUUGAGGAGGCUGCGCGCGGCGGGGGCGGGGACUUCAGUCGAACAGACAGGAUAACACCAACUCCUUUGAACAAAGCAGAUAAUGGAAGUAGCCUCAUAAUCAUUGUCUCAAUGCGAUGAGUUACACCAGGCCAUAGUGAGUUUAUGCAACAAGUAUGCUGAGUUUGCAAUAACAAAACCAAAACUUGCCUAUGGUGAAUGACUGCAAAUGCUUUUGCUUUAGAGUGCCUGUAGCACCAUAGAAGAAUUAGGGUUGCCGGGCAACAGAAGAUAACUUGAUCAAGAAAGUCAGUUUGUGUAAGUUAUCGACGGUAACUUCUAUGUUCCUCAUUGAAUAAGAUAUUCAUGUUCAAUCCUGAAUUGCUACUCUGAAUACAGUGGUCAUAGCUCUCUCACUACACUGGCCAUUCUGCAAAAACAGUGAGAAUAAAUCGGACUUCUCUAUAAGAAGGUACAUGAUAAAUCUAAAUAAUGUUGCUGGUAUGAAUAAGCUUCAUGGCACCUUGGUUGCACAUGGACACACAACGCCUACAGACUUAUCGUCUCAUUUUUGAAACCAAGGAGCUUUGACUCAGAUGAUAAUUGAUUCAUCUGCUUAAAUUGUAUACACA